AUGCCGCCCAAACAGUGGAUUGAUAAGAAGAACGCGAGCAAGUUCCAGCUCUUUCACCGCUCUCAAAAUGAUCCGUUGAUCCACGAUACCAGUGCGGAUGACCGUUUCCUGUACCAGAUCGGAGGCCCCGCGCCCGCGCCCGCAUCGUCUUCUUCCAGCUCCUCGAAGAAGAAAUUGCCAAAUUUGUCCGAUCUCCAAUCCGAAUACGGCGAUAGUGCUCGCAAGAAUGAGGGCGAGGCCGCCAACUACGGCGUCUACUAUGACGACUCCAACUAUGAUUACAUGCAGCAUCUGCGCGAGCUGGGAAGCGGCACCGGAGAUGCGUACUUUGUCGAAGCCAAGAAUGAAAAGGCCAAGGGCAGGGCUGGUCGAGGGAUGAAGCUGGAAGACGCGCUGCGACAGGUCUCGCUCGUGGACAAAGAUACCUACCACCAGAGCCCCUCCACCGGUCCCAGUCUUUAUGGCUCACAAUAUGGUGAUAUGCGCUCAACAACUUCGUCCUUUGUCCGCAAGCCAACCUACCAGGAUCAGCAGAAUGUCCCUGACGCAAUUGCCGGAUUCAAGCCUGACAUGGACCCGCGGCUGCGAGAGGCGCUGGAGGCGCUGGAGGACGAAGCCUAUGUGGAGGAUGGCGACGCUGACGGAAUUUUCGGUGAACUAACAGCCAAUGCGGAGGAAAUCGACGAGGGCGACUGGGAGGAUUCUCUGUUCGACCACGAUGAUGAAGAUGAGGGAUGGGAAUCGGAUGCUACGGAGAAAGCGCCUGUGCAACCGGACAGCACCAAGGCCGAUACCAAGGCUGAUCGCUCAGUGGAUGAUGAGCUGCCGGAAGAGCCGGUGAAGCCACCAAUGGACGUCGGCGAAAUGCCCGAUCAUGAUCAGCCGGCUCCCGAUAUGCAGCCCACUGACCAGAGUUGGAUGAGCGAGUUUGCCAAGUUCAAAAAGGAUGCUAAGGCUGGAAAUGCCCCUGCCCCGGCUGCACCCACAAUCGCAGCAUCGCAGACAAUGGCAUCAACCGCCUUUACUAUUGGCGGAACGCCAAUUCGCCGGAAGAAGCGCAAGGGUGCCCUAACUAACCCAUCUGCGUACUCAAUGACCUCGUCCGCUCUGGCUCGUACUGCCGGUCACCGUCUCCUCGAUGACCGUUUUGACAAGGUUGAGCAGCUCUACGCUCUUGACGAGGAAGAUGAAUACGAUGACAGCAUGUCUAUGAUCAGUGGAAUGACAGGUGCAACCGGAAUGACGGGCAUGUCCACCGCAUCAUCCGUGGCCCCCAGUCUGGUCGAUGGCAAUGGCGAAGCCGUGCACAGCCACAGCACCUUCAACAAUGUCAUGGAUGACUUCCUCUCCAGCUGGGAUCCCAACACCAGUGGACAGGCGAAGCGUCACGGUGCCAAGCACAAGCGUGGCAAGAACGGUAACGAGGCCAUUGGCAUCAGAAUGCUCGACGAGGUGCGAUCCGGUCUCGGCCCAGCCCGAAUUCGAGGCGCAAAGGGCAAAGUCUCUGGAACAGCUUAG